AUGCCUAAAAACAAUCAAUACCCAGGAAUAGUCGAAGUGCUCAAUCAGAGACAAACACAAACACAAGAACAGGCACAAACAACAUAUACCUUUUCGCUAGGGAAGCCCGGGUCGUUUAAAGCCUCUUGGGAUCCGAGCUAUACUCCCGAGCAGCAGACUCUUUUACCAUUAACAGCUCAGUACUCUUCUCAGGAGCUGACUGGCAAAUGUCACAUAGGAUUAGGUCAGAGCCAAGCUGCAGUCGUAUCUAGCAAUCCACCAACGUUUACUUCCCCGCGGUCAUCAGCAAGAAUCUCAUACUCACGCCAUACUCGCGUUAAGAGUAUUGAAUCUCAACAGACAAGUGCAAUGAAGGAACAUAAUAGAUUGCAGUCACUCUUUCAAAAGGCAAGAUCUCAAGCUUCAGGCCAUAUUCACUUUGAGCAACAGUAUCAGCAACCAGUCGAACCUCCGUUAACUGAUUUUGAACCGACCACACAUGCCUCUUCCAAACUGAAUUCACCUCAAUCACCGCUAUCAUGGCCAGUGAAAUUCUCUGAAACACGAGGACGGAUAUUAAGUGAGUCAAAUCAAGCUUUCGAAGGUAACACAGCGUCAAGCCGUCAAUCGCGUCAAAACCUUGUCCGGUAUCUCAGAGCUAAAGCUGAGGAAGCCCGACUCGAGCUGCUGGUAUUGGAGCAGAUGGAGAGAGAUGUCCUUGCAGAGGGGAACGAAAUAGGAGACUUGGAUAGGAUCUACAAUGGAUCUAUUGGCAACCGUAAACAGUUAAACCCAAUGCCACAUUCGCCUAAGCUAGGUGUCUUUCCCCCCAACUCCAAUAGGCGCGGAAGCCUAAUACCCUCAGUACAUCAGCAAACAGCACAACAACAACAACAACAACAACAACAACAACAACAACAACAACAACAACAACAACAACAACAACAACAACAACAACGACAACAACGACAACAACGACAACAACGACAACAACGACAACAACGACAACAGCUCAAGAGCCUAUCUUCAAUGGCGUCAUUUAAUCGUAUCCUAGCCACAACACAUUCUACUCAGAUACACCCCACUGUUACAGAACGAGUAUUCAUCCCUAGGUCACCAUCACUACCGGCCAGAAUAGAAACAAGACCAGAAUUAUUCGUUACGUCAGAUAUGGCCUCACCUGCAUUUAACCAUGAAGGAAGGCAGCACUUUGUCCAAUCUUUGUCUUCAUCAAACCCGUCACUAUCAUCAUCUCCAAUCACCCCAGUCUCGCCAUUCGACCGUGCACCUGGGUCCAUUCUCGGGCAUAUUCAACAGCCUGCUCAAUCCGGAAACCCGAAGUCAAGAAACUAUACGGUGAAUGCUGAGGCUUUUGAGAGAAGCUAUAGCCCUGAAGAUACUUUGCUUUACGAUCAUUUCAACGAAGCUGAAGAAGAUCUCCGUGAUAUCACUUUAUCAGAGAUGAUGAGCAAACACUUGGCACUGUUCAGUGAUGAUAGCGAUGAUCACAACAUAAAUAUAUCCCCUUGUAAUAGUGCUUUAGAUGGCCCUACUGAAGUGUACGUGCAAGAUGAGAACUAUGGAUGCGAAAUGAUGGAAACUGCUCCAAAUAGAACAGUCGAUACAGCAUUUGCGGACCAGACGUUCAAUUUCAUGUCUGAAUUAGAGCGAGAUUUUGAUGAGCACGUGGAAGAUAUGAUUCUCCCGCCCUCAGCAGAGACUGUCGACAGCCUGUCGUUCAUGGGCCGCAAUGCCCUCGAACAUCCACUACAGUAUGACUUACCAGACACUCCAGACCCAAAGGAAGUCGAAGGUUCAUGUUGGCACCAACAUUCAGUGACGUUCCGAAAGGAUUCUAUCUUUGUCGAGUCCUUAAAGUCACUACCUCCGCUGCCUCUAUCGCCUGAAUCUGACCGUACCUCAAAAGAUGACGCAUGCUUUAUAUCUAUUAACCUUCCUUCUAUCACUACGUAUUCUACGGAACAACAGCAGGAACAUUCAAAGCCCCAACUUGCCGUUACAGUUACUAGUAGAGGCAAUCGACCAGUUCUCCUUCCUACGCCUGUCAUCACAUCACGAAAGUGUGAUCCAAAGAAACUAAGGCAACAAGGCGAAUUGCGAGACAACCAAUGUCAGCAACAGCGCCAGCACUCAUACUCCAAGUCCCCUCGAAGUCCGAUCACUCCUAUCAAAAUAUAUGGCGCAAAUAUUGCGACUUGCAAGAGUAUCGAUGCAAGCAUCAGCACGCCUUGCUCCUCUAUUCCAUCCCUGACGCCUCGUGAAGGACAGCAUCAUGAUUCAUUCUUAGAUGUAGCUACUCCAGCGUCAGCCCACAGCUCCGCCAGGGAAGACUUUACUUUCGACGAGUACGUCCCAGCAAAAGAGAUUAGUAAUAAUGCUUCAAAAGACAAUACCUCGCCGCCCAUUUUGCCAGACCACUUGACACGUGGAGGCAGCGCGAGGAUCAUGAAAGAGAAGAGACAUAUCAUCACUGGGAAGAAGGAAGCCACUAAAAACGCCAACAUCGUAUCAACUGUAACAACUAAAGGAUUGUCAUCUACUAACCAGCUGCUGGACAUGAUUAUUGUUCACCCUUCAAGUGUUAUGACUCUAUCCGAAGAUCCUGACAACCUGGCAGGUAGCUGCGAUAACCUAUUUUCGCCUAGGCUCCCUCUCUCCCCGGCCUCCAGCUGCUCAACAGCUACUCAAAGUUCACUAGGUUCUUCUUGGUUCUGUUCCUGGCCAUCUUCCUCCAGUCAAUCCAGAGCUACCUCCUCUACUUCAUCUUAUUCGUCGGACCAUCUACAACAACAGCAACAACCGCAGCAAUUAAAUCAUCCAUCCUAUAGUAACGGAUACCGGUCACGGCUUCCACCGACACUCUUAAAUGCUAGAAAACCUACUAUGGGAAUCAAUCUCAAGUCGCGCAGCAUGUCCUCGUUUAUCAAUCGUCAAGACGGUUGGCUGGGGUUUCAGGCCUUGGAUAUGGUGAUCCUGGCCUCAGGAAGAUGUCAUAUUGUCGUGGUGACGCGGUCCAACCAAAUCUACUCGUGCUGGGAGCCCAACAACAAAAGCGAAGGGAUACCUCUACCCGCUGGGGAGGCCGGCGAGAAAGAGAUUGAGGAGACACUGGGGCGGAAAAUUAGGACGCAAAUUGCUCCUUCUCUUAUCGAAAACACUGCUCUUCAGCCUGGUUUGGUUGAAAUCCGAUUGACUUCAAAGACUUUUGUCGAUACACUACAAUAUAAAAUCACCAAGGUUGUCUGCUCAGAUACUGCCACAUUCUUUCUGACAGAAAAUGGCGACCUAUGGGGGUGGGGAGCAUUUGAGGAUGCUAAUGGCAAGCAGAUUGGAAUCUUUGGCCGAAGGGAUGCUCCAUAUCCCACCCAGGUUUGCUCACAACAUAUUAAAGAUGUCGCUUGUGGACGCAACCAUAUUAUCGCUUUGACUUUCAGUGGCGAGGUUAUCUCUUGGGGUUCUAAUAGCCAUAGCCAACUUGGACGGCGAUGCAACUCUGUAGAUAAAAAUAACCCGUUUACUUCUGCCCAGUCCUGGAACCGAAUUUUGGAUCAAUCUCAACAUUAUGGUGAACACGCAAACAUCGACUUGUUUCCGUAUUAUAUUGAUAACCUCCCACCAAAUAUUAUCGGUAUUGGCUGUGGUAAAUUGUCAUCAUUCGCUUGGGAUGAAGAGAAACUUUAUGGAUGGGGUGAUAACACUUAUGGCCAAUUGGGACGUACCCCUAGUGUUACAGCGGCAGUUCGUUUGAGGUUACAGCACCAGCAUCAGUAUCAGUAUCAACAAAAUGGAGCGAAUGUACCAGAUACUUCAGAGUUUGUGAAAGAUACUAUUCAGGUUCCGCAGGAAAUAUUCUUGCACUGGAAGGGCAGGUCUCUGAAGCAAGUUCAAGGUGGAGAGCGCCAUACCGUGGUUUUGACUCUUACCGGGUUAAUAAUAACAAUGGGCAAUGAUGAUUACGGUCAACUUGGCGUAAAAUCUUCAACAACGUUACCAUUUUCUUCUGGAGCAUCUUCUGAGGCACCAUCUGUAGGCAUGCCUUCGAAUUUGUGCGCAAACUCCGGUGAUAGUGACAGUAGUGAUAGCCUGCUAGAUAUGGAAGGGAAUGUCACGGCAAACUCGACAAACAUGGGGAUAUUUAAGCCCAAGACGCGUUUGUUCCCGACGUUAGUGCGCAUCGGUCCAAGGGCCAAAGAGAUUCGCUGUGGCGACUUUCACACAGUGACAUGCAGCGAGAACGGGCAAAUGUUCAUUUGGGGACGUGGCUACGGAGGCAUACUUGCGGUCCAUAAUAUGCCAAAUUUCCCUCUUAGUGAGAGUAGCUCCUGCGAAAACAUCUCCAUUAUCAAACCAUCUUCUGUCAAGAGGACACGACGGAUUGUCGCCGUCUCUACCAUGCAAGCUGACGCCUCCAUUGCACUUUUUUCAAAUGACUUUUAA